CAGCGGUAACACGACAGAGGAUAUGCAUCCGCUGCUUCUGUAACUUCCUGUUGAUGAUCCAGUCCCACGCAGGGGGAGGACUCCAUCAUGAUAGGAGCAAGAGGAGUAGGAGCGUUCCUGGGAAAAAAUGCUUUAGGACCUGGAGGGGCAGGAUUCUUCUCCCACUGCCCCUGGAUACCCUGGGCGGGACCGUCUGGAAAUAAGAUUCCACUGUAGAGAUUUUCAUGUUCUCACACCCCGGUAUGACAACUGCUGCAACUACCUCCAACUUGUGUUUAUGACAGUCUGAAACAUCACUUCCAUUUAGUGCAGAUCAGCUCUGUGGAACCUGUUUGGAAGCUUCUCAACAUCUACCCUCUGGAUCUGCUGGAAGAGCCUAAUAAGGUUUCGUGGAUUAAUGUUCAUCAUGUGGGUGACCAACCUGGUAAACCUGGUCCUUCUAGCUGCGUCAGCCUCAGCCGCCACCUCGGCCUCUGCAGACAAGGUGCUCAGUAACCACGCCACCGUCCUGGCCGACAACAGCGCCAACUUGGCCUUUAGUCUUUACCAAACCAUGGCCAAGGAGAAGGACCUGGAGAACAUCCUGAUUUCCCCGGUGGUGGUGGCGUCCUCUCUGGGUCUGGUGGCUCUGGGGGGCAAAGCAGCCACCGCCUCCCAGGUGAAGACCCUCCUGAAGGCAGAUAAAGUCAAAGACGAGCAGCUGCACUCAGGUUUGGCCGAGCUCCUGACCGAGGUGAGCGACCCAAAGACUCGCAACGUCACCUGGAAGAUCAGCAACCGACUCUACGGACCCAGCUCCGUCAAAUUUGUCGACAAUUUCGUCAAAAACAGCAAAAAGCACUACAACUGUGACCAGUCCAAGAUCAACUUCAGAGACAAGAAAAGCGCCGUGAACUCCAUCAACGAGUGGGCGUCCAAGUCCACCGGUGGGAAGCUGCCUGAGGUGACCAAGGAUGUGGAGAAGACUGACGGGGCGAUCAUCGUCAACGCUAUGUUCUUCAAGCCUCACUGGGACGAGCAGUUUCAUCAUAAGAUGGUCGACAAUCGCGGCUUCCUGGCGUCUCGGAGCUACACAGUUUCAGUCCAGAUGAUGCAUCGCACAGGCCUGUAUGACUUCUAUGAUGACACCGCCAAUCAGCUGGUGGUCCUCAGCAUGCCACUGGCCCAUAAGAAGUCCAGCGUGGUCUUCAUCAUGCCCUACCAUGUUGAACCUCUGGAGAGACUGGAGAAGAUGUUGACCCAGAAGCAGGUGAACACAUGGCUGGGUAACCUGAAGGAGACCGCCGUGGCCGUGUCUCUGCCCAAAGUCAGCAUGGAAGUCAGUCAUAACCUGCAGAAACAUCUGGAGGAGCUGGGCUUGACCGAGGCUGUGGACAAAGCUAAAGCCGACCUGUCCAACAUCUCUGGGAAGAAAGACCUGUACUUGUCCAGUGUGUUCCACGCCUCGGCCAUGGAGUGGGACACCGACGGGAAUGAAAUCAACACCGCCGUCUUUGCCACAGACAAGCUGAAAAGCCCGAAGCUGUUCUACGCCGACCAUCCUUUCAUCUUCUUAGUGAAGGACCAGAAAACAAACUCCAUCCUCUUCAUCGGCCGGAUGGUUCGGCCGAAGGGUGAAAAGAUGAGGGAUGAGCUGUAACCGCAGGCGGAUCUGAUAGUUAAAUGUUUAAUUAAAUGUGUGCGUGUGUACAUGUUGGGUUUUAUUUUCUAUUGGAAUUGGCUGAAAGAGGCAGGAAGUUGGUCACAGACUGAUACUGUGUUGGUACAUUCCUUUACAUCGAGUGCAGCAUUCCACAAAUAAUACCUGAGGAGAUGUUUCUCAACGUUUUGACCUGUGUUUUAAUGAGCAACACACUGUGCAGAGACAGAAAUAUGGCUUUUAUUAUGGACAGAUGACUUACAUUAAGUGCAAUUUCCCUAAUAAUAAUAUCACACAGUCUUAUUUGUGCAAAAAAUUCCAGACUAUUUCAUGUCUUACCUAGAUUUUUUUUUACUUUCAGCAUCAGUCCUUCAUGUAUUUUUCCCCCAUUUGUGAUGAUUUAUAUCAAAUACACUGGCAACAAAACCAAAUUCUAUGUGAUUUAAUAAGACUUGAAUCAAAAAUAAUGUGCACUCAAAGAAAUAAAUGGUUUUAGACUGUUACAAAUUUCCUGUUUUACAAUAAAAAGGUUGUUAAACAAGCGUU